AUGUCGGAUUCUAUCAUAAUUUGUGUUUCUGUCAUCUUUCUCCAUCUGUACACAAGUGCGUUUAAGAUUGUCAAUCAACCAGAUCCACUGAUGAUUGUCUCUGUUGGUGAUAAUGUCACUUUGCGUUGCUUCAGUAUGAAAAAUUAUAAUGAACCAAUGGUUUGGUACAAGCAGACUUCAGGACAUCAACCUUAUAUUGUUACAAUGAUGCAGAAAUACAUGGAUAAUGCUGAAUUUUAUGAUGAGUUUAAAUUCCAGAAACGUUUUUCUGUUGAGAAAUGCAAAGAAGAGUGUCACUUGAGGAUUACAAAUGUUACAGCAUCUGAUGAAGGAAUGUAUUACUGUGGAUGGAUAAAGUAUGAGAUUGUUUUUGCUGAAGGCACAUAUUUGACAUUGAAAGGGUUACAAAACAAUCAGGACAAAUUGAAUGUGUCUGUUCUUCAGCGUCCUGCGUCAGUAUCUGUCCGCCCCGGAGACACAGUGAGCCUGAUGUGCACUGUACUGUCUGAACUUACAUCAUCAGACAUCAGAAUGUUCUGGUUCAGAUCUGAUUCAGAAAAGUCUGUUCCACAGAUCAUUUACACUUAUAAUCAGAGUGAUCAGUGUGAGAUUGGUUCUGCUAUGCAAAACUGUACAAACAAUAUGUACACAGACAUUGUCAGUCAGACAGAUGCUGGCAUGUAUUAUUGUGCUCUGAUCACAUGUGGAAAAAUUAUGUUUGGUAACGGGACAAAAAUAAAUGUGGGUUCUCCUACAGAAUAG